GAGGCAGGGAGGGGAGGAGAGCAGAGCAGAGCCCAGCAGAGGAGGCGGCCUGACAGGCGGGAGCGGGGAGAGGCGGGCGAGCCGCCGGGUCCGGCGCCCGCUCCCGCCUCGGGGCGCAGCGCUCGGCUGGGGAGCCCCUCUGCUACCCCCGGCUACACGGCCGCUUCCUUCCCCUCUGAUGUGUCCGGAGGAAAUUCCUCUCCUCGCCGGACAGGCAGGGAGGUUCGGGGUGUUCCCCCGCGCCUAUUCGGUUCCUGGGAAGGGCUCCUGCCCUGACCUGCCCCGGCAGAGUUUGUGAGCCGGGGCUCGUCCUUAACCCGCUCUGCGCGGCCGGGAGGGCGGAGACGCUUUCUGGCCUUUUUCACUAUAAUUAUUACUAUGAUAAUUGUUACUUUCCCUGCUCCCGUCGGGCGCGGCCGCCCCACGGGAGCGCGGGGCUCUCCAGCGGCGCAGGUGGCAGGCGCUGCAGGAGGUAUUGACGUAAACAUGAUAGAAGACAAAGGUCCACGAGUGGCUGACUAUUUCGUAGUGGCGGGGCUCACUGAUACAGACAACGCAACCCUCCUGGACCAGGAAAUCAGCCGACAUGAAACAAAGUCAACUGGUCCCAAGGCUCCAAUUACUGACAUUGCUGUGAUAAUUAAAUCAGCUGGUGAAACUGUCCCAGAGGGAUAUACCUGUGUUGAGGCCACCCCUACAGCCCUCCAAGCCAACUUAAACUAUGGAAGUCUAAAGAGUCCUGAACUUUUUCUAUGCUACAAGAGAGGCCGGGACAAACCACCACUUACUGACAUCGGAGUUCUCUACGAGGGGAAGGAACGCAUAAUUUCGGGCUGUGAGGUGAUUCAAGCUACUCCGUAUGGUCGUUGCGCUAACGUUAACAACAGCUCGGCUUCUUCGCAACGCAUCUUCAUCACCUACCGUAGGGCCCCGCCAGUGCGACCCCAGAACUCACUGGCAGUGACAGAUAUCUGUGUUAUUGUUACCAGCAAAGGGGAAACCCCUCCUCAUACAUUCUGUAAAGUGGAUAAGAAUUUGAAUUGCGGUAUGUGGGGUUCCAGUGUAUACCUUUGUUACAAGAAGUCUGUGCCAGCUUCCAACUCUUUAGCAUAUAAAGCAGGCUUACUUUUCAGAUAUCCUCAAGAGAACUAUGAGUCAUUUCCACUGUCAGACUCCGUACCUCUCUUCUGCCUUCCUAUGGGAGCUACUAUUGAGUGCUGGGACCCUCAAACCAAAUAUCCACUACCAGUGUUCUCAACAUUUGUACUGACCUGCUCUUCAGCAGAAAAGGUUUACGGUGCUGCUAUCCAGUUUUAUGAGCCUUAUCCCCGGGAGCUGCUAACAGAAAAACAGCAAUCACAGCUGGGUCUUCUGACAACUGUAGAGAGAAAAGUGAUUACUUCCAAGUCCAUCAAUUCAAACAAAUGCAUCUGUCUUCUCUCACACUGGCCUUUCUUUGAAGCAUUUCGAAAAUUUCUUAUGUUCAUCUACAAACUCUCUGUCUCUGGGCCUCAUCCUCUUCCCAUUGAAAAGCAUAUAUCCCAUUUUAUGCACAAUAUACCUUUCCCUUCACCACAAAGGCCAAGGAUUCUUGUGCAGCUUUCUGCCCAUGAUGCAUUAAUAUUGUCACAGCCAGUUUCUACACCAUUGCCAUUAAGUGGAGCAAACUUUAGCACUCUGCUCAUGAAUCUUGGACCAGAAAACUGUGCCACUCUAUUACUCUUUGUAUUACUAGAAGGCAAGAUCCUCCUCCAUUCCCUUAGACCUGCUGUGUUGACAGGAGUUGCUGAAGCUGUAGUAGCUAUGAUAUUUCCAUUUCAGUGGCAAUGUCCAUAUAUCCCCCUCUGUCCUUUGUCUCUGGCCACCGUACUCAGUGCACCUCUUCCAUUUAUUGUUGGAGUUGAUUCACGAUACUUUGAUCUGUACGAUCCACCACAGGAUAUUGUGUGCAUUGACUUAGACACAAACAUGGUCUACAUAUCAGAUGAUAAGAAGAGCACAAACUGGAAGCAGUUUCCUAAAAAGCCAUGUAAAAGUCUUCUCAGCACCUUAAAGAAACUGCACCCACAGCUUGCAGCAGUUCACAGGAAAACUCAAGAAGGCUCUGCAGUGGAAAUGACUCCUAUAGAGGCAGAUUUCUCCUGGCAGAAGAAGAUGAUAGAACUUGAGAUGGAAAUCCAGGAAGCUUUUCUCCGUUUCAUGGCAUCUAUUUUGAAGGGUUACAGAACAUUCCUCAAGCCAAUCACACAGGCACCUUCAAAUAAGGCAACUGCUGCCGAUUCAUUGUUUGAUCAUCAAGGAUUUUUAAAAAGCAGAGACCGGGCUUAUACAAAGUUCUACACGCAUCUCACCAAAACACAGAUAUUCAGCCGCUUUAUUGAAGAGUGCAGUUUUGUGAGUGACAAGGAUACUGGCUUGGCAUUUUUUGAUGACUGCAUAGAAAAGCUCUUUCCAGAUAAAGGAACAGAAAAAGGAGAGAAGGUCGAUGUAGAUUCUGUCGAAGAUGCACGCUUGAUUGAGCUUGAUGAGUCACAAAAAAGUGAACACACAGUGUUCAUAAUGCCGCCAGAACCACCUGCUGAUGAUGGACAGGAUCGAAUGCCAAAAUACAGCUAUAAAAACUUCCCGCGACUAGAUUUCAAGCUCUUUGACAGGCCACAGGAGUUCAAGCUCUCCUUCAGCAGACGCCCAGUUGGAAGCAGCAUUUCAAAUAGUCCAGCACUCAUGGCAAAGAGGACAAAACAGGAGAUAAAAACAGCUCAUAAAUUAGCCAAGAAGUUUUAUGUAAGCCCGUCCCAGUGGGCUAAGUGUCUCUUCAGUCAUAGUUACAGCCUAUGGUUUAUUUGCCUGCCAGCCUAUGUCAGAGUUGCACAUCCCAAAGUCAAAGCACUGCAACAGGCAUAUGAUGUUCUGAUUAAAAUGAGGAAAACCGAAGUGGAACCACUAGAUGAGGUCUGUUACAGAGUAGUAAUGCAGCUCUGUGGACUGUGGGGUCAGCCUGUUCAGGCUGUGAGAGUCCUUUUUGAAAUGAAAAAUGCUGGAAUACAGCCAAAUGCCAUCACCUAUGGUUAUUACAAUAAGGCGGUUUUAGAGUCUUCUUGGCCUAGUGGUAAUCGCAGUGGCAUAUUCCUGUGGACAAAGGUACGGAAUGUAGUUCAUGGCACAGCACAGUUUAGGCAGUGCCUGAAGAAAUCAACGCAGAGCCCACAAGUGCCUGUGAUACCAGCUCUGCGGAGUCCCACGGGUGGAAGUGAUGGGGACAUGGUGAGCCAUGGUAGCGUGGAUAGUUCUAAUGAUGCUAACAGUGGGGAGCACACCCUCUUCGUCAGUGACUUAGUCAGGCUUGAUUCCGUUGAUAAUCACUCUAGCACAGGUGUUCAGUCAGACCAGGGUUACAUGUCCAAGGAUGAACUCUUGAGAGAUGGUGAGGAUAGUCUUCCUGCAACUGAAACACAAGUAGAGAAAGAUAUUUCUUCUAACCUUGAAGACUUAAUAGGAGAGAUUUCUAUAGAAAAGUCUUACGAAAAGCAACAGCUGAAUAUAGAAACUCUGAGCCCAGCUGAUCCACCUGCUUGGGGUAACAGUAUUGUGAAAGUUCCAUCAGGCAUUUUUGAUAGCAGUGGAAGGAAGAGCAGUGAUGAAACUGUUUCCAGUCCACUGUUCAUAACUCAGGAUUCAGUUGAAGAUACAGUCUUUGGUAAUGUUUCUCCUAAGAAAACAAGUGAAAAAAGACACAAGAGGCAAAAACUGUUUUCAGAGAGAAGCUGCAGUUUCAGCAGUGAAAGCAAAGCUGGAAUGCUGCUGAAAAAAGGCAGCUUGGACUUGAAUUCUAAAGAAAUAGCAAUAAUGAUGGGAGCAGAUGCCAAGAUCUUAACAGCAGCUUUAUCUGGGGCCAAAAUUUCACCUUCUCAUGUGAGUAAAUCCCACAGCUUUGAAAAUAUUACUGACCAGCAGGUUUCUGACAUAAGUGGCACUUGGAGUGGUGUGACUGAGAGUGAUUGGGACCUAGAACAUAGGUCUUCACCAGUGCUGGAAGAACCUGGGGAAGGGCAGGAGGAUCUUGAGAAUGGAAGAGAUGGAAACAUGACCACAGUGGAAGACAUGAAUCUUGAACAGUCAGCUGAGUCUGCAAACCAGAAACCUGAAUCCAAAGAUGCAACUGCUAAAAGAAAUAGCUUUUAUGGAGUGGUUAAGCCUAUUGAAAGGGAAGAUGUUGAAGUAGGCUUGGACCCUCUGUCUUUGCUAGCUACUGACAGCACACAACCGGAUUAUCCAGAACCUGGGGAAAAGUUGAUGUCACCAGUUGCAGCACGUAAUUUGGCAGAUGAAAUAGAGAGCUAUAUGAAUUUGAAGAACCCAUUGGGUAGCAAGUUUCCCAGCAUGGAACUGCACAAGCCAGGUAAGGAAGCAGAAGCUUCUGGUACACUUGGUCACUCGCAAGAAAGAAGGUCAAGCCUGCCUUUGGAUCCCAUCCUGCCAUCCUCCAAGUGUUAUGAAAAUCGAAGAAGCCCCUCUGUCUCCAGAUCCAAAACAUUCACUGUACGGUCAAAGCAACAAACUCACCCACAAGUUCAAAAGGAGCGGUCUUCGUCUUUGACCGGACUGGGUCGUUCUUCCCCACACGGCUCGUUGGGAACUGUUGUAACAACUUUAUCCAAUCUGAAGUUAGACAAUAUACUGUCUGGACCAAAAAUGGAUGUUUUGAAAUCAGGCAUGAAGCAGGCUGCUAAUGUUGCCAGUAAGAUGUGGGGAGUGGUAACAUCAGCAUAUAGUUACUCAGAUGAUGAGGAAGAAAGCCAUCAAACAGACUAUAACUUUCCUGUGGGCUUUGAAGAUAGUAUUUUAGGAGAUAACCUGUCAUCAAGAACUGGAGUCCCAGGCCUACUUACAAAUGAGCUUGCACAAAGCACUACUAGUCUUGGUAGUAGCAGCAGUGGUGGAGAUGUAGGAAGACAGCAUUACAGUGCAGGUGAAGUUUCAUUCCCAAAAAGUAUGAAAGUUCUAGAUUCUGAGAAAUCAGAGUACAGCUCUUCACAGAAUACUAGUUUAUCCAGCAUUUUCCAGAACUAUGCAAUGGAGGUCUUGAUGUCAAGCUGCUCUCAAUGUAGAGCUUGUGAUGCUUUGGUUUAUGAUGAAGAAAUCAUGGCUGGGUGGACAGCAGAUGACUCAAACCUGAACACUACCUGCCCUUUCUGUAAAAGUACCUUCCUACCUUUACUUAAUAUUGAAUUUAAAGACCUUCGUGGCUCUGCAAGCUUUUUCCUGAAGCAAAGUACCUCAGGAGAUAGUUUACAGAGUGGCACCCUUCCAUUAACCACAGAUCCUCUGGAGCAGAAACUGUUGACCAGUCCAGCUGUUGCUGACUUGAUCAGUUUUUCAGAUCAUCUGCAGUCCAGCCACAUCAUAGCUGAAGAAACUAGCUCUGUAGCUGAGCAGAGUGAUUUGGCAGAAGAACAGACUACAGAUCCCACCACCAUGAAGACACAUGCCAAUAAUCCACCAAAAAGGGGAGUGUCCUUGACUCGAAGCCACAGUGUGGGAGGUCCACUGCAAAACAUUGAUCUCUCCCAGAGACCGUCUCAUGGCAUUUCAACAGUUAGUCUUCCAAAUAGUUUGCAGGAAGCUGUGGAUCCUUUAAUAAAACAACGGAACCCUGCCCCUGUAUCUGUACCCUACCUGAGCCCUUUGGUACUGCGUAAGGAGCUUGAAUCACUCCUGGAGAAUGAGGGAGAGCAAGUAAUUCAUACAUCCAAAUUCAUCAAUCAACACCCCAUCAUCUUCUGGAAUCUAGUCUGGUAUUUCCAACGGUUGGAUCUGCCCAGCAACUUACCUGGACUCAUUCUGACAUCUGAGCACUGCAAUGAGGGAGUGCAGCUUCCUUUGACAUCACUUGCUCAAGAUAGCAAGCUAGUGUACAUCCAUCUUCUAUGGGACAAUAUCAACCUCCACCAAGAGCCAGGGGAGCCGCUAUAUAUAUCCUGGAGAAAUCUCAAUUCUUCUGAAAAGAAACCCUCCACACUGGCAGAAAAUCAGCAGGCAAUAAACACAUUGUUAGAGAACAUCAAAUUAAGUAUUCAACACAAUGAUGUUAUGAAGCCGAUUGACCUCCUCCUACAGAAAGUUAAGCCAGAUGUGAAACGACAGAGGAGUUUUUACAGGGAAAUUCUUUUCCUGUCUCUGGUGUCUCUUGGAAGAGAAAACAUUGACAUUGAAGUCUUUGAUAGUGAAUACAGACUUGCACUUAAAAAACUACCAAAGGAAGUUCUUGAAAAGAUGCAGAGAAUAGACGUUCCACCAAGCAGCAGGGUUGAGUGUUGCAGGAAGUGGUUUGGAGCACCUUUAAUAUAAAAACAAGGAAGAAGUACACCAUACUUCAGAGAGACAAAAGCUGAGCUGAACAAACCCAAGAGCAUAGUGACAUAUACAAUCUUGAGUCUCAAAAUGUGUUAAUUAAGCAAUUUGUCAAAUCAGUUUUGUUGAACUGCAACAUGUAUUCUUCUCAUUCAUCUCAUGGGCACAUUGUAAAAUUUGUCAAAAUGUUUUAAAAUUAUGAUUUUGUUUCAGUGGUUGAUCUGCUUUUCCCCUAUAUGUGUUCUUUAAUUUCCUCAAAAUUUUGCUCCACCAUAGCAAGUUGUUCAAAAAGCUGAUGAUGAAACAGCAGUCUCUAGUCCAUAACUUUCUUAAGGGCCACCAAUAUUGGUGUAUUUUAAUGAAGUACUUUUCCAGUACUCAGAUUCUUCAAUGCUUCUAUAAAAUGACUUUUACCUACAGAGGAGUCCAUUUAUUAGUGUGUGGUAUUGUUGUAUGAAUGUAAAUAUUUGAAACCUUGGAUUGGAAGCUGCAAUGCAGUUGGUCUCAUCAGAUAGUACAUUAAUUUUCAUCAGACAAUACAUUAAAUUGCUACCCUUCUCCUGACUCUUGUCCCAGUCAGUAUUCUGAAUUACCUUUACUGACCUUUUCAAAAUGUGUAUCUACAGCUGUGAGAAAACAGAGACUUACACUCAACUUUCCUGUAUUCUCUGUCUGAUAAACUAUAAGGUUCUGUAAAUGUACUGGCUGCUUUCUCCAAAGAAGGAUAAGCUUCUACACAAAGCAUCUCAGAAAUGGAUGGCUUUCUAAAACUUAUGUAGGAAGCUCAAAUGGUAUUAGAAUACACACAAGAAUUGUCAAGAGAUACUGCCUGAAAAACAAUUAUGCUUUAUACUAUUUGCAUGUGUGUUUAAGAGGUGUCCUCCUCAAAUUCUUUAUCACCCUCUCCCUUGGUUUCAUACUAGCCUGUGGGUUAAUUAUUUUGCACUGAUAGUCCAGAUUCAAUAUUUCAAUUAAGAUGUAUUUAUAAAUGUGGUCUUCAAGGUGUAUAUUAGCAGAAAUGAAGUGCUUAUGUGUAUGAUCUGAAAAGAUGUAUCCAUCUUUUGUAUUGCUUCUAGUAGAUAAGACACUUCCUCACCUCACAUAUUUAAUUGACUACAGUAGUUGUAGUCUUGGCAAGGAGAGCCUGGAUACUGGUCAACAGUGUGUUUCUGUUACUUGAAGAAUAUGAUAAGAUUUAUUCCAGGUUUUUGCUGAAAGUUAGUGGUAUGGCUUUUACAGUGGAAUAAUUCAUAGAGAAAAAAAUAUAUUUGUAGCAUAUAAAAGGAACAUAGCUUAAAAUACUAAUUGCAUUUGCUAUGAAUGUAUUUACUUGAUACUACUUUUAAAACUUUUCAUUCUUCAGAAUGAUGAGGGAUGAAGAUCUGUCUGGAACAAUUUUUUACAUGAAACAAUAAAACCAAGUUUUUUUCAUGAGGUGAAAACAAGGGAGUUGCACUAUGUAUGACAAAAUAUAUUUACAUCAUAGACUGAUGCCUUGUAUUUUGUCUAAAAGUAAGUGCUGAUCCUAAGUUAAUAUGGGGAUAUUACCUGGACAGAUUCUCUCCUGAUAAAACUGUUGUGCUUUCUCAACAACUAAAAGCAAGAAAGCACAAAAUUAUUUUUUUUUUAAUUCCUUAUUCUUUAGGUUUAUGCACAGUUGCUUGCCGUUAUCUGACCUACAUCACAAUUAGAGAAUAGUCCUUGAUUCUUCAUCUUUUCCUCUCUUCUCCAGUUACAUAAUUGACAUGGUUCCAUCCUUCUAAAAUUCAAAUCUAAAGCAUUGUUCCAAACAACUUAAUAUUUCUACAAAUCAAAGCCAGAAAAUUUUUCUCUGUAACUCUGUGCAUUAUUUUUCAACAGACAGCUACACAAAGACCAUUAUUUUUGAGUAUUAAAUGGACAAACCAUGUGAUUAUGUGAUGCAACUUGCAAGGAACCAAGUUUUAGUCACCCUUAAAUUCUCCCAAGGAAAUCUGUCUAGUGAGUGCUGCUUUAGAUACAUGACAUCCAAAUAGUUUUAAAACAUAGUGAAUAAUAUUAUUAUGAACUAGUUUCCGUGAACACAUCAUUUCCAAACAACUUUCUCAUCUGUUGUUGAAAAUAUAGAUUAAAAAGGGAGUAGUGUUGUAAAGACAGCAAAGCAGAUUGUGUCACAUCUAGUGUUAAUUGUUAAACCUUUCCCAGCUAUAUACACUAAACAAACAAAAAAACCCAACAAAAGUAAAGCCAGAGGAGAAAAGGACAGCUGCAGAGUUGGACUUGCUUUGAUUUGCUCUUGCAUAUUGGCAUUUUUGAACACUACAAAUUAACUGCUAUUCCUGGUGUAGGAACUUGGAUUUCAGAGUGGUAAAAGUCUUGCAUGUAGCUACUUGAAAUCUUGAAUCUUGAAUUCCAGUAUCAGAAUAUUGGAAUUGAUUCUUUAGUAUAGAAUAAAAAAGGAAGACCUUCUCCUUUUUAUAUGGAGUUCUUAAUGCUUAGGUUUUAGAGUGGCUAACUAAUCAGUUUGUUUUUUAAUGUAAUCCAUAGCUCAGAUGAAAAGGGAGAUCUCUGAAAACAAUUUGUUUUAAUCUCAGUUUUUUUGGGGGGGAAAAGUAAGUUUCACAAAAUCUAGGCAAAAAUAACCAGGGAAAAGUUCCAAAAGUUUUAUGUGAGUGCAUUGCAAAUAUUUUUGUUCUUCUGAAAAUUAGGCACUAAAGGCACACUUCUGCAAUUUAAUUGACAGGAUUAACUUCUUGGGCUACAUGGGGAUGACUUAGUAACGUACAAAUGCUUCUAAAUUGUUUGACACCCAGCUCCUAGGAAUCCAAAUUUAUCUGAGUCCAUUAUACAUUACUGAUCUGAGCAAAGUGUUGUGAAGGCGGGAUGAGGAUAAGCUAAAUUUUGGUUCUGUUUUUCUGUCAAUAUAAACAGAAGAAGUAGCAUUUUGCUCACUUAGGAAACUCUUGCCUCCACAUACUCUUCCGAGUACCUCAACGGCCAAUGUUCAGGAGAUGAUUCUUCUGUCUAUAUAUUUUGUAAUUCCCACGUACAACCUGAGGAAAACAUUUGCAGAUCAGCAUUAACUUCAAAACAUGCAAUGUGUGCACAAAAUGAGGGUGUAGAGCAACCUGAUAACAGAAGUGGAUGCAAACAAUGAAUUUCAGGUACACCCAAGAAUUUAGAAAGUUUGUAUUGGAAGAACAAUUAUCAAAGAGAAGCUUCCUUGAAUUGUUUCCAUAAGGAUGUUGAACUGCAGCCAGUUGUGCUAAGAUAGUAUCUUGCACCUUUCACCUAGCUAUAAAUCAGUUACAUAUACAGCUUGUGUGCUUACAUGUGAAGAGCUGGGUUUUUUGUGGAAUUAAAACAACAAAUUGGGUCUUAAAUGUUUAAAAUCAGGAUUCUUAAGUUACAAAGCUUUUCUUUAUUAAUUAUAUUCCGGCACAUCACCAAAACCUGACAACUUUGAAAACCUUUUAGGCCUAGGAGACUGAUGUGGCUGCAGUGUUGGCACAGUAAUUGGUACCAGCUUUUACAUGUUACUAGAAGCAUCUGUAUGUUACUUAUAAUCAUAUCCUGUCUUCAAAUUUUAUGUAACUUUAGACAAUACAAUUGUAGUGGAAAACAUUUUAUUUACUAUAUGUGUUUCAAACUAAAUCAAUUUUGCAAGUAACUUAGUCUUGUUCCUGGUGGAAUUUCACAUUGGUUAAGCUCAAGCUACAUUGCACUUGUGAAUGAGUAAUAUCCUAUUUUGACUGUGAAUUAAUGGCUUUUUGUAUUGCUGCAGCUAAAAGAAUAUACCUUUCAUUGAGUUUACUGCUUUCCUUGAAUAACUGCAACAUAGGGGAUAUUUUCAAAAGGUAUAUUAAAUUAGAUAAUAGAAAUUACAUUUUUAAAACAAUUUGUUAAAAUUUAAGGAACUGAAUAAUCCACUCAGUAGUUUUUUUCUUUUUAAAACUCUUAAUUCAACAAUUAUUUCAAUGCAGAUAACUCCUAUUUUAUUUACAGUAAACAGGUAAUCUUAUUCACAUAAUUGUAUAUUUUCAACAAAGGGGUUCUUUUCUUCUUUCAACUAAUAAAAAUCUUAAAAUGUGUUCUGUAUAUCCACUUUUCACUAUGUAUCUUUUUAAAAACAAACACCCUUUUGACUUGUAAGAAUUGAAACUGAAUGGUUGAAUUGGAUUCUAGUUCUGUAGUCUCCUGUGCUGUAUAUUGUGAUGCAUACAUGAGAGGAUCGGAUGGCGUUUGUAUUUGUUCUUUCAGUCUGCAUCAACCAAUGGUGCAAAUAAAAGGGAUUGUUUGCUGUUGUUUAGAAGCACAUUAAACUCCUGUUAGGAGCUUAAAAUAAACUAUAUUGUAACAAGGAUGAAAUGGUGUAGUGUGAAUAAAUUAUGAAUCUAUUAAGUGAGCUGGGAAGUUUAAUGCAAUAAAAUUUGCACUGGUUUAGAGACUGUUUUGAACUGUUGAAAAAUGGCAUCCACUUACUGUGCUUUGAUUAACAAUUGUUUCUCUGUAAUAUUUUUGUACAUUAGACAAAAAUUUAAAUUUAAAAGGGCACUCUAUAUCCUAAAUUCUGUAUAGAAAUUCUAGACUAAGAAACAAUUUUUAAUGUUGUUCCCAAAAUAAAAUAUACAUGCAUUCUGUG